AUGUUCCCAAUGAGGGUAAUUGUGGAAACUGUUCGUUCUCAACACUGCUUAACAUGCUCUCACGAAGGACACAUGAUCACUGACACCUAUGCCAUUGUUGCGGGCACCACGACACUCAAUCAGUUGGUGGAUACUGUUCUAGCAGCUCUUGGUCAUUCUAGCAUGGCAAACAGUGCGCGAGGUCUCAUUCAAGUCAACAAUUGGAAACCUCUGCCGUUCGAUCAGAUCACCGAGAAUCUAGAUGAAACAGUAGAGAAUUUAUUUAAGGACAUAUCCUCACAUGUGGUGCUAAAAAUCUUGUCUAAACCAACGACGGAUUCAAAUGCGGUACAAUGUAUAAGUGAGGUUAAGAAUAAACUAUUGAAAGCAGCGGUGAACAAAACUCCCAAUGUACUGACAAAUGUGGAAAAUCAGCAGGUUAAAGAUGUAAUUAAUACUAUCAUUUCUGGAGAUGAGACCCUUCUGAAUUCCGAACAACUUGGCGCCGUCAACGAGUGGCUUGAUACCCUGGACACAGCCGAAGAUCGUCGCAGCCCAACCCAAGUGCAACGAUUCAACACCCUCUUCGAAAUCCCACGACUUGAGAAAUGGUUCAAACAGGACGCAAAUCCAUCGAAACAAAAAAUGAAUAACUAUUUGAGCCAGCUGAAUCAAAGUCCAUUCCGCAGAAACAACUCUAAAAUUAGCUACCAACAAAUGUGCAACUGGUUCUCUCAAAAACGGUCAAGCAACCGAAGCGCCGCUCCAACUGACCCCGUUCAAGUAACACCUGCUCAAACAACCGCCUCUCAACUUUUGCCUGGACUCCAGCUGAACCUUCUCCAGUCACUUUUUGGAGUUGGAGUUGAGCCAAGACCAAAAUUCGACUUCUCUCUGAUGAAUGAGAAACUGGAUGAUAACAGAAUUCUGGGAGGAUCCGAUUCUCCAUCCCCAGCUGACGACGAGAUUCAUAGCAACUCUGACGAGACUAUCCAAGAUAAUAUGUUUGUUAUGAACAUCAAGCCAGAGCCAGAAACAGAGUCAACUGCUUCUUCCCCAGACAUGUCCAACUCUAUGCGCGAAUCUUUGUCUUCCACCUCACCAAAGUUGAUCAGCGGACUGGACCUCGGAUCAUUCAGCAACCAUUCAUCCUCCACAAACUCGAUGCCAAACGUCAACUCAUCAGUUUUUUCAGCGGCUCGCUCUCGUCUCAUGUUCGACCCACUCACCGAACUGCCAGUCCUUGAGAAAUGGUUCGAAGAGAACCCACACCCAACCUGGAUGCAAAUCGAUCAGUAUACCCAAUGUCUCAACAAUUGUGCCUACCGGGAAAACUACCCGCAUAUCAGUCAACACAACGUGAAGAUUUGGUUCAAGAACAGACGCGCCAAGUGCAAGAGACUUUUGAAUGGGAUGCAGGAAAAGAUGGAACAAAAACUAUUCGUGUGA